AUGCCUCUUGUGAGCGCCGCAAGCCAGCAUGCAACGGACUCCACGGAGUGCUCUUUUCCGAUUGCUGCAGGAGUGGCCGCAGGAAAUGCAGCAGAAGAUAUUGCAGGAAAAGAAGUGAGCAGGAAGUGCAUUAAUGCAGCUGCCUUUUUAGGGAGUUCUGUGGAGCAGCAGGAACGACCCGGGCCCCAGCAGCAGCAACAUCAGCAAACGCGGCAUGAACAGCUCAAGCAACAGCAUAAUUUGGAGCAUCCUGAACAUGGGCCCACUGGGCAAGGACAGGAGGAGGAGCAACGGCAGCAGCAGCAGGAGAGAGCGAAGCAUCGUCGUGUUUGUUCUGGGUGCAAUCGCCCCUGUUCUGUGUGCUACUGCAGCAUCAUACGGGGGAGAGAAUUGAGCCUUUCUGAACAGGACGUUUGCUCCAUAGUCAACAGAGUCCUCAUUUUCAUGCAUCCUCUUGAAAAGAAGAGGAAGAACGGAUCUGUCAGCGUGCUACAGAAGCUUGUCAAAGGAAUAGAAAUUUGGCCCCACAGAAGACCCGGUUGCUGCCCGUUCGCUACCGAGCAGCAGCAGCAGCAGCAGCAGCGAGAGGAGGAGAAUCAGCACAAAAUGCAGGAAAAGGCAGCGUUGCAACGUGCAGAAGGAAUUCCCCGUGUGUCUGCAGAAGCAGCAUGCAGUGAGGGGCUGGAGAGGCCAGAAGUUGCCGACUGUGCACUUGCAGGUGCAGCAGAAGGAUCUGGUCAGCAGCAGCAGCAGCAGGCCCAGCAACAGCGGCAGCCGGAGCAGCAGCAAGAGCAGCACCUAUGUACCCGCGAGGGUGUUGCGGUGUGUGACACAAGCCGAAUGCUGUUGCUUUUUCCUACAGAGUCUUCUGUGACUCUUGGCGUUGGGUCUUUGCCUGUUCGUCUCCCCGUGACCCUCCUAGCUAUCGACGGCACAUGGAAAGAAGCCAAAGAAAUGUUUAGCGCCUCUCCCUGGUUGCAGAAACUGCCUGCCGUCCACCUUCCUAUUCGGCAGGAAGUUGUGGCGUUGAAUGACAACAUUGCCGGCUCUGCUGCUGCUGCUGCAGGUACUGAUCCUGCUGCUGCUGGUGCUAAUGCUGCUGCAUCCUGUUGUAGGAACAGCAGCACGGACAACACAAAGGCGCUCCGCGUCUCCGGUGCCUACGGGAUGAUACGAACUCCCCCAGCGAGAGUAGCAGCAAGUGGAGGAGUCUGUACAGCCGAAGCAAUUGCCGAAGCUCUGUCGGUCUUAGGAAGUUGGGCCCGCAGCGGCUCCUCGCCGCUACUGAACAUUGGUGAAACGACCAGGGAGACGCUGCAGUGCAUAGUCUCCCUACAGCAACGCAUGCGAGGUGAAGGCAGGGACAGGGAACUAACCGCGUGA